AUGAGCACGCGGACGCUCGAAGGCUGGACCGAUGGGCUGCGGGCUGCCGAAGCAGCGUAUGACAUCGACGAGGCCGUGCGCCUGCUCGUGGCGGACAACGACCUUCUAGCAACCCACUACAAGGCGAUGGCUACGCACGUUCUCGAGGCUGUGGUCCCGGCGUGGGUCACGACGACGGUCGCGGACGCUGCAGCUCUGGCGAUCGUGCCCGCGGUCGAUACACUCUUGUCUGUGGCCACCGCCGAGACCUGGCGCCACGUGCAAAGUCUUUUUCUCGCGCUUUAUGACAUUGUGGGCCGGCGCCAGCUACCCGCGCCGUCGCACGACAUGGCGCUGCGACUCCUGAAGCGCUUCCUCGACGACGACGGUCUCUAUCGAUUGCAGGCCGAGAUGAUGACGGCGCCACCCAAAGUACGAUUUGGAGUCUUUUCCUCCAACAUCUCGAACGAUACAUAG